AUGGCUCUGAAUAUUGCACAGCGGCGCAUUAGCGUUGUGCGAAUCCCAUUUUCUCCUGGCCGAACUUUUCUUCGUCGCAAUCUCAUUCCCGCCCCGCACGCCAACUCAGGCCCUUUGCUGGAACGACGGGCAGACCGCGAACUGCCUUCUGUAAACAAGGACCGACGGUGGAUGCGGACCUUACCCAUAUUUGCCAUUGCUGUCGGAGCUGCGAUGCUAGGGAUAUUCAACUACCAGAAGUCUUCUUCAAGCGUGGUCAGCAGUACCCUUUAUGCUCUUCGCACCUCCCCUCGUGCUCGCGAAAUCUUGGGUGAUGAGAUUUACUUUGCUCAAAAGAUACCCUGGAUUAGUGGGGAAAUGAAUCAGCUACAUGGACGUAUCGACAUAUCCUUCAGGGUCAAAGGAACAAAGUCGCAGGGUACAAUGAGGUUCCGCAGCAUCAGGCCAGACCGAAUGAGCUAUUUUCGUACGGAGGAAUGGAGUCUGGAGACGGAGGAUGGCACGGUCGUUCAGCUCCUUGACAACGCUACUGACCCGUUUCGUCAACAUGACUAA